CAAAGAGUUCCGAUAUUUCUCUCGAAAUAAAGAAGAACUGUCGAAACUUCAAAAACGUCAAACUUAUGUUAAAUUUUCAGUAGUAUAAUAGAAACCAUGCAAAAAAAUAUAUAAAAUUCCAAGUACGAAUAAUGGUUCUGGGUGUUAUAAGAGUGUUGUGUCGAGGUGUCAGGCAAGUCAGCAAUGCGAAGGCAAACUGGGUUAAGGGCUUCAAUCAUUGCGGGUGUUCCCGGUACAGCACUUGCCCUGCCGGAAUGAAAGUCACAAUUUGCGGGGCGGGUGGAUGUACUGGGCAGCCGCUCGCCCUUCUUCUAAAACAAUGCCCACUGCUAGACGAGAUAGCUCUGUACGACCAAUGCGCCACCUGCGGCUUUGGUAUGGAGCUGAGCCACGUCGACACCAAGUGCAAAGUGUCGUCAUAUUCAGGGCGUCAUAUGCUGUGUGACGCGUUGACGCACUCCAAGAUAGUAGUGAUUAUGGUGCGGAACCAGUGUGACUCGUUCGAAUCCAACGCGCCCCCCGUCGCUGACAUCGCUCUUCAAAUCUGCAACGCAUGUCCAACUACAUUCACAAUAGUAGCAACUGAGCCGGUAGAGAGUAUGGUGCCGAUCGUGGCGGAGAUCCAAAGGCUGCGCAAUUGUUACGACCCGCGCAAACUUCUUGGCUGUGUUGAGCUGAACUGUGUGCGCGCUAAUACGGUGAUGGCGGAUUUUCUGCGCGUGCCACCUGAGACGGUGCGCGUGCCUGUUAUCGGAGGAGCCACGCCGCAGACGAUGGUGCCGAUCAUCUCUUCUGCCGUGCAUCCUUGCAUGCUCACUCAAGAACAGGUUGAAUGUUUAACCUCCUGCAUAAUGGGCGGAGACGACGCCGUCUGCGCUGCCAAAGGCUGCUGCAGCGAGACCGCCUGCCUCGCCGGGGCCUAUGCUAUCGCCCGCACCACCAUCAACGUGGCGCGCGGGCUGCAGGGGCAGGGAGGGGUGAGGCAGUGCGCUUACGUCGACAGUCUGAAUACUUGUGCACCAUGUUGUCAGUUUUUUGCUAGUGAAGUGCUGUUGGGCGCGUCAGGUGUGACAUCAAACUUUGGUGUUCCGGAGUUGUCCCAAUUCGAGCACUGUCUCCUGAUGAACUGCCUCCCCUAUGUCCGUAAUGAAAUAGCACGCGCCAUUUGGCUGGUGUAUUCUAUUUGUACUUCCUGCUGCACGGUGGGGUGCUGCGUGCACCCGUGCACGUGCUACGGGCCUCCAUACAUGCCCUGCGUGCCUCCUGUGAAUUGGACUUGUGACUGUCCGGAUGCCUGUCGUGAUGAUUAUCUAGCAUCGAUUUGCCGCAAACAGACCUGCAUCGACGGCCCAUACGAGCUAUGCUGGCGCCCCCGCCAGAGAGACUACGACAAGGUGCGUGCGCUUAGUUCCACGCAUCCCGCGGCACAUAAGUGUUGUGCCUGCUGUACUUGCAACAUCCCCCGGAGCGUGCGCUAUGCACAGGAGUAUUUAGAAAGGCAUAGGGACCCGUGCUGUGGACGGAACGUGUAGACCUCAAUAAAUGUUGCCUACACAAUAAACCUUACCUACUUACACCAUAGGACGUGAGGCGCGCAACAUGAUCAUGAUAUGCCUCGUUAAGACUCAACUACCUCGUCGAAUCGUGCUCCAGGCAGAAUGUGUAGGCUUAUCUGUAUAAAACUUGUGUUGUACACGCUAUGUGUAACUACCUACUUAUACCUAUACCAUUUAUGAAGCGAGGCAAAGAUUUCGCUGAUUGUUUGGAUCUU